GAGUCGGAGCUAUUACAUACCAUAACCCUAACUCUGACGCACUCUUUCACCCCAUCCUUUAACUUUCCCUCUGUCUGCUCUCAGUUCUCAGUCGGAUCGAAGCGGCGGGGAAGACCAGACCAGCAGCACCAUCAUCAGCAUCAGCUAUGGGGAAGGUUCAUGGAUCGCUGGCUCGGGCGGGGAAGGUGAGGGGGCAGACACCCAAGGUGGCCAAGCAGGACAAGAAGAAGAAGCCUCGCGGCCGCGCCCACAAGCGCAUGCAGUACAACCGCCGGUUCGUCACCGCUGUUGUUGGGUUCGGUAAGAAGCGGGGACCAAACUCAUCGGAGAAGUAAACAUGGAAUUGCCGGGGGCUCACGGCUUUGAACUCUCCCCUUUCUUUUCUUUGAGGUGUUUUAAUAGGGAAACUGGCUAACUCGUAUUUUGUACUGCGAUCCAUUUUGAUGGAUGACGCUUAUCAGCCAUCAGAUUAAGCAUUCAUGUGAGGAAGAAGCUGUUUGAGUUGUUAUCUUUUUUAUGACUUCCGAUCAUUCUAU